AUGAGACGGCGCACGUUGUACUACCUGUUCAAUAUCAUAUUUCCUUGUCUUUGGUUGACCGUGCUCAGUCUGAUCAGCUUUUGGCUUCCGCCGGACUCGGGAGAAAAAAUCACUCUCGGUAUCACUGUGUUGCUCGCGUUCAGUGUAUUCAUGCUUCUGAUUGCGGAAAAUAUGCCAGCAACCAGUGAAUUUGUACCGCUGAUUGGUUAG